CUUGCAGGCACACAACACAAAACACAAAGAAGCAAUAUGCGUUCAGCUCGCCACCUCCACGACGCGGUCUCGGCCCUCCUCCUCUUCCUGCUGCUCUCAGCCGUCGUUCCGGCGGCCAGAGCCCAGCAAGAAACUGAGGAUGAGUCGGAGUUCAGCUACGUCUACGGGGCGGAGAACGGGCCAGAGAACUGGGGAAAUAUCAAGGAAGAGUGGGCGACGUGCGGCACUGGGCUGAUGCAGUCGCCCGUCGACCUCUCCGACCGCCUUGCCUCGCAGGCGCCCCACCUGGGCUACCUCAACCACUCCUACCGUCCCGCCGAGGCCUCCAUGGUCAACCGCGGCCAUGACAUCACGGUGACGUUCCAUGGCGACGCCGGGAGCAUGUGGAUCAAUGGUACCGCGUAUCACCUCAGGCAGCUACACUGGCACACCCCCAGCGAGCACCGCGUAAACGGCUGCCGGUACAACAUGGAGCUCCACAUGGUUCAUCUUAGCGCCGAGAACAAGGCUGCCGUGAUCGGCCUCCUCUACAAGAUUGGCAGGCGCGACCAUUUCCUGCAUGAGCUGGAGUCUUACUUGCAGAGGAUGGCCAACACGAAUGAGAAGGAGGAGAACGUCGGCGUGGUUGAUCCUUGGGUCGCAAGGGGCGAUGGCGAAGCCUAUUACCGAUACAUGGGCUCCCUCACCACGCCGGGGUGCGACGAGGGUGUCAUCUGGACCGUCAUCAAGAGGGUUGCCACCGUGUCGAGUGAGCAGCUGAAGCUUCUCGCGGACGCCGUCCAUGAUGGCUUUGAUAUAAACGCGAGACCCCUUCAGAAGGUGAACGACAGAGAUAUCAGUUUUUUCUGCCCUGAUGAUCACCAUGAACGUUAUUACGCAGCCGCUGAUCAUUAAUUAGCUUAUACUUCAGCUGGCCACUGGGAUGGACAGUAUGCGCAUUAAUUUGUCGGCAACGACGAAGAAAAGCGAUGCCAGGGGAAAAUUUGCAACGAGAUGACUCUGCACCAAGCGGGGAUGUUUGUUAAUUCCAUAAUAAAGUUGAAGUCACGGACAUGUUCUUGCUGUUGUUUUCAAUACCUAGAUAACAAGACUCCAAUAUUUGUAGACCAUCUUAUUUGUGUUUUCUUUCUUUAUAUUUCAAUAAAAAGCGCAUCUCGGCGACUUACUUCUUCAAUCAUUGGACAUCUGAUUCAAUC